AGUCCCAUACAAAAUAUAACCCUAUUUUCUCUCCCUCUCUUUCUUUAUUUUCUCACGUCUCCAAAACUUCCUCUUUUCUAUCAUCUCCUUCACGCAAACUCUUUCUUAAGUAGCUCAACAAGUUCAAAGCCUAUCUAGCAUUACCAUGGGGAGAGCACCUUGUUGUGAUAAAAAUGGCCUCAAAAAGGGGCCGUGGACACCAGAGGAAGACCAGAAACUUAUAGACUACAUUCAAAAAUAUGGGUAUGGCAAUUGGAGAAUACUUCCAAAGAAUGCUGGGUUGCAAAGGUGUGGAAAGAGUUGUCGCCUCCGCUGGACAAACUAUCUCCGACCAGAUAUAAAACGAGGUCGUUUCUCUUUUGAAGAGGAGGAGACAAUCAUACAGCUACAUAGCAUUCUAGGCAACAAGUGGUCUGCUAUUGCUUCUCGCUUGCCGGGAAGAACAGACAAUGAAAUUAAGAAUUAUUGGAAUACCCACAUUAGAAAAAGGCUCCUAAGGAUGGGAAUUGAUCCUGUUACACAUAGUCCACGCCUUGAUCUUUUGGACCUCUCUCCUAUCCUAACUUCAUCUCUCUAUGCCUCAUCACAUAUCAACAUCCAAAGGCUUCUUGGCACGCAGACAAUGGUGAACCCUGAGCUUCUAAAAUUGGCUUCAUCACUCUUCUCCUCUCACCAAAAUGGCCAACAGAACCACCUCUGCAAUACCCAGAUUCCACAAUUUGUACAAAGUCAGGACUCGGCUCAAGAAACUUCUGGAACACCUUGCAUGUUGAAUCAUCCUUGUGUUCCAUUGCCUUCCACUCAAGCAGAGUUGGUUGAAUCCAAUAUGAACCCGUACCCAUCAUUUUCCCCUACCUUUGGCUUCCAACAACAUUCUCAGCUAAGUGAUUGGCAUUGCAAUGGAUUAAUUGCUUCAAGCACUAUAACAGAUGAUUAUGUUAGUGUCCCUCAAUUGCCAAGCUAUAAUUACCAUAGUUCGGAUUAUGAUUAUGCAAAUCUUAUGGACCCUCCAAUUUCCGAAACCUCCACUUUCCAUUCCAAUAACAGCAACCACAACUUCAGCUUCGCUUCGGUUCUCUCAACGCCUUCUUCAAGCCCCACACCGUUGAAUUCGAACUCAACGUAUAUCAAUGGGAGCACCACCACUGAGGACGAGACAGAAAGCUAUGUCACUAGCAACAUAUUGAGAUUUGAAAUCCCAGAUAUGUUAGGUGUGAACGAAUUCAUAUAAUGUAUUUGUAUUCUACUGCGAAACGUAUCGAACAAAAUUGAAUCAACCAAAAGGUUGAUUAAUUCCUCGUAUUGAUUUAUCUGGGCUAGUUUUCUACUAGGUAGCUCGCUAGAUAGCUAUGGAUCAAUGGUGCUGAUAAAUGUAAAAUUUUCUAAAAUUUUAUUAGUAUUCAUAGUUUGACUUGCUUCAUUGAGGCUUUGGUUGUGUUAGGAAGUAGCAAGGUCCUUAUCUUUUUCCAUUUAUUUAUUCCUUAAAGUUUCUAUUAUU